CUUCCCUUCAUUUCUUCCUCGCUCCUUCAAACUACGCGACAAAACAUCUACAUGAGCUAAUCGAUAAAUUAAUUUCUCCAUGGCAAUUACGAAAUGAAGAUCGCUCGGACUGCUACAGACCAAGAUGGAAUCGAUACCAUAAGCUGUCCACUCUGCCCUUAUUACACUGUAUCUAACCUCAUGGCCGACCAUAUAUACCUUCGCCACAGAAACCACCAGUGUCAGCUUUCUGCAGUAAGCCAAGAAGUCUCAAGACAAGGAUGGAGGGAUCCCCUUUUCCAUGUCGAAGCUUCUCAUCCAAAUGAACCUUGGACGCCCGAGGACGUGAAUAUAGGCAGCAAAACAAGACAGAGCUUCAAUUUAAAUGUCAAUAUUCGCGGUGGGAGUCAGAAUAACACAAUAGGCUCGGCUCAUGAUGAUCUAGUGGGGAACAAUAACUGGUCAUCAAAGAAAGAAAUCUUGGGAAGAGCGCUGCAGAAUUCAAAUAGUGUAGAGGUCGCCUCGAGUGUCAUCCCAGGCACCACCGGCCCAGUCAAGAAGCUUGGACGCUCAGAGCUAGGCCCAUGGGCCCAUGAAAAGCGCAUGCCAAACUGGCUAAAGAAGUUGUUAGAAAGAGGCAGUCAUCCCGCCUCGAGCCAGAAUUCUCAAUAUGAGACACUGCAGGAUCAUAAAAAAGCUGCUAAUGAAAUUUCUGACGUGAUUCCAAUCCUGGCUUCUCUAUGUCAGCAAGAUAAUUCUGUUCAACGUUCUUUUCUAUGCAGCUCUCAUGUGCACCAAAUCCUCAAGAUCCCGAGGGAAGGAGGAUUCUGUGGCUACAGAAAUAUCCAAAUGCUCAUAUCCUUUCUUCUUGGCUCGACUAUCAAUGGCAACCAGUCCUUCUCCAGCGGUCUCCCAACGAUCUUCGAGAUACAAGAUAUUAUCGAGAAAGCAUGGGAUAUGGGGUUUAACACCACUGGAAGGAUUGAAACAGGGGGCAUUCGUGGGACACGAAAGUACAUCGGUACUCCAGAAGCCCAGGCGUUCUUUCAAAGUCUAGGCAUUCCGUGUGAAGCCAGCCACUUCAGUGGCACGAAAGAGCUGCGGGCUUGCGAUGCGUUAUAUCAAGACAUUGCGGCGUAUUUCCGGUCUGCCUGCCAGUUGCAAUCCGCAGAAAAGGUCUUCACCACAGAACUACCCCCCAUCUACCUCCAGCACCAAGGCCAUUCAAUGACUAUCGUUGGCUUUGAAAUCCGCGACAAUGGCAGCGCCAAUCUAUUGGUCUUUGACCCGAAAUUCAAGUCCCUUCCUGAAAUCAACCAGCUUAUUACUGGCAAAACCAAAUCUCCUGACCCCCAGUCUAUUCUAAAGGCCUACAGGAGAGGAACGUCUUACUUCCAGAAGUACAAGCAUCUCGAAGUUCUAAAACUGUCAAUGUACAGAGAUUUACAAUCGACAGAUAAAAAAUAGAAACAACGCGAGACCUCUAUUUCGGCAACAUUUGAUGCAACUAGACGCAUUUUUCUCCUGCAAAACCGAACUUGAGAACAUUGCAUGGUUCCUGGAUGUGCUGCAUAAUACAGAUAGUGAAGCGAACCAGCUUUGAUGGCCGGAUUUGAUCCGACUCAUGCGCUUGAAGCAACAUGGUUCAGUAUAUAUUAAAUAUCUUAUAUAUACUAUAUUAUAAAAUUAUCAC